AUGGCUGCUUCAGCUCUCCGCGUCGCGGUCCUCGCCGCCGUCCUCCUCCUCCCGUUCCUCAGCGUGCCGGCCGCGGCGCAGACCAAGAAGUUCUGCCUCACCCAGUUCGCCAUCGCGAGCCAGGCCUGCGCCAUCCUGCCGCCCACCAGCCCGGAGUCGCACCACCACCACCAUCACGACGACGACGACGAGGAUGAGGACGAUGAUGACGACGAGGACGAGGAUGAUCACCACAGUGACGACGACGACGACGACGAUGGUGGCGAUCAUGACCAUGACCGUGAUCGCAAGAGCGGCGUCGUCCGCAGCCCCGCGUCGAUGAUCACCGUCGAGGCGGAGGUGGAUGCCGACGCCGACGACGCCCAUCGCAACGGCACCAGCCGCUCCCAGGGAAACCACACCCGCAGCAGCAGCGGCCACGGCUCCAGCAGGCAUCGCCACCGCCGCGGCCGCCUGCGUGACGGCGACGACGACGACGACGACCACCAUGACGAUGAUGACCACGACGACGACGACCAUCACGACGACGACGACGACGACGACGACGAGGACGAGGAUGACGACGACGACGACGAUGACGACGAGGACGACGACGACGACCACCGCGCGUACAGGGACUGCUGCCGGUGGCUGAAGGAGGUGGAGCCAGACUGCGUGUGCGACGCGCUGCUCCGCCUGCCGUCCUUCCUCAUCAAGCCGCAGCAUAAGUACACCGUCAGGGUGGGGCAUACCUGCAAGUUCACCUACAGGUGCGGCGGAGUCUGA